AUGAAAGAAAUCAACUACAAUGUUUUAUCAACACAUCAAUUGGCACAACGUGCACGUCGAGAACGAGAGAGAUGUCAAUUAAAAGAACCGACUGUGCAUGUAAUAGAACAAAUUGUUCCAAUAGAAUUUCUAGAGUCAUCAUCUGUGAACACAAUGCUUCGAGGAAUGCCUCCACAAAAUGUUGAGGAAGGUGUCACGACGCAUUUGGAACCACACCCUAGAUGUCCUAUAGAAAUCUCUGAACUUGUUGUAGAACAAACUGUGGCAACAAAUGACAUUGGGUCAUCUCACGUAAUUUCCAUGUUACAAGCAAUGCCCAAUUUGAACGAAGACACCACAACAAAAGUUGACCAACCUUACAAGUGUUUGUUAUAA